GUCUUCAUAUCGAGCUCGCGGGGGCAUGACGUAGUUUUCGUGUGAAAUGCCGAAGCAUAGUGAUUCGGAAGACGGUGGUGGGUCGCGCAACGAUGUGGGCCGCAUGGUGGACUCGAGCCAGGCUGACGACCGGAAGAUGAUACGUCUGGUGCGCGAGCGGCGGCUCCUCUACGCCAGGAACAAUAUGCCGGUCGCUAGCUACUACACUCGCGUCAAGGCGUUGUGGAACGAGGUCGCGCAGCACAUGGGAUGGACGGUUGCGGACGUUAGAAGGAAAUGGUCGCAUAUACGGAACUCUUACUCGAGACACCUGCGGAACGAGAUGCAUGGAGCCCGCACCGGCAAAGGACGCAUGGUCUCCCGCUGGUACCUCGCUGACGAGCUCGAGUUCCUGCGGGAACACAUGGCUACUGAUAUACGUCCUCCGUCGUUCUCAAAUUAUGCGCCUACUUUAGUAGAUAUGGAAGGGGCGAAUGGAAGCGAACACGAUACAACCUCUGACUCCGUGGACAUCCAGCAGAGCUUUAUGGCAAACCCUUGGUUCGCUUUUAGCAAUCAAGCUUCCGUAGAGACAAAACGGGAGCCGUACUCCAAUGAUGACAGCUGUUCAUCAGCUUUCGACCCCGAAGAGAACAAUUCCUACUUUCAAUUCUUCCGUGGCAUACACAGCGAUUACCAAGAACUGCCACCAAGAAAGCAAAGACUUUUUAGAAGGAAAUGUUUAGAUUUUCUCCACGAAUUGCUCGAUGAAGAUGACGUGCCAGUGUCCAUGGUGUAUAAAAGCGAUUCCGCCAUGAACCUCACCAGGUUCUCACGUGCAGACAGUGACGAAGAGCGUGACAAGACUCCGUUGUGUGUUGUGGAACAAGUCGUUAGUUGUACUGAAAAUACGAAGUGAAAAUCUCGUGCGAUAAGUGUUCCGUGUCUAAUAUGUUCCUAUGAAGAUUUGAAUAAAGAGUAAGUUGUGUAUU